AGCCUCAUUACAGUGCUCAUCUUAUUCUGAAAUUGCCUCUUUCAUUAAACAUAUGUCUUUGAGAUUUUUCAAGUUCUUUUAUUCUUUUUUGUGUGUUCUGUCAUUUUAACAACUGUAUAGUAUUCCUUGCCUUGAAAUAAUGCUUUCUUCCAAACCCAUUCCUCAUCUUCUUUAAGUCCAUUGAUGACACAACCAGCCGUGGCAUCCAAACUGUCUCUUCUAGCUGCUUCCUCCUUAACUCCUUUCACUAUCCAUUCACUUGUUAAGUUCUGAUCUCCUUUUGUUCUUAAUCUCCCCCUUACUCUUGAUUCAUAGGACAUUGGCCUAGUCCAUAGAGUCAUUCUCCGUUACCUAGACUACUGCAGGGAACGAGUGUCUGUCGCUCCUGGAAUUGCCUGUAGAAUCCAGUACCCUACAGAUUCAAGACCCAGGAAGGGAAACACUAGUGUUUUCUUGUUUGUUGGUUGGCCUAUGGAAUCCCAGGCAGCCACACCCAGCAGCCUGUCAGGAGAGAGCUGUACCUUGGAUCUACCCACGGUGUGCAACACCAGCAGUUACGAAGCAUCCCAGAGAGCCAGCCAGGGAAGCAGCAACUCUCUGAGUUCUCUGGAAUCCCAUCAUUUCCUUUCUUCUUCAACUACUGAUCCAGAUAGCAAUUCUCUAAAUACUGAGCAAAAAGGCUCCUGGGACUCUGAGAACUUCUGGCUUGAUCCUUCUUCGAAAGGCCAGUUGGAGACCAAUGAAGAAGAGGAUGGACUUCGGAAAUCCCUGGAUAGAUUCUAUGAAGCAUUUGCCCAUCCACUGCCAGGCUCUGGGGAUCCACUCUCUGCAUCUGUGUGUCAGUGCCUGUCUCGGACAAUCUCUGAGCUCGAGGGCCAGGAGAGCCAAAGGUAUGCUCUCCGCAGUUUCCAGAUGGCCCAGGUCAUCUUCAGCCGGGAUGGCUGCUCUAUCUUACAGCGACAUUCCAGGGACACACGCUUUUACCCACUAGAGCAAGAAGGCAGCUCUGUAGAUGAUGAAGAGCCCACCCCAGGACUGUCAAGAGAGGUCAUUCGUUUCCUCUUGGAGCAGACUGUAAUGAAAGACUCGUAGCUGCUGCUGAUGUGAAUAUGGGCAGUGCUAGAGGGGAAGUGCUGUUGCCUGGUCCCCAGAGUCCAUGGGUCCAUGUGGGCUUCUCUGGCAUCUUUCUGUUUCCAGCUGUUAGCCGUAAGCUUUGCAGUUAGAGGCUAGCUUCAGCAACCUGGUGUUGGAGCCAGUAAGCAUCUUGGUGUGCUACCUCUUGCUUACCUUGGCCAAGGCUGCUACUGACUCAAUUAGGGUUGAGUUCUAGCCCAGCUUCUUGCCUUAGUCUGUGCUCCUGAGUGCUGUCCUGGGGACCUGGCCAGAGCUGGGACUUUGGCAGGAAAAUCACUUCCCUGCUUGGCUUCAUCCCUCCCCCCACUCACCUACUGGUGUCUCUAGGGCCUUUUCUUAAUAAACUUCUUAUAUCUGCA